UCAGUGCGGCUGCCGUAGUCGGAGCGGAGCUUGGUCACCAUGGUAACGGGGCGCCGCUUGUGUUGACAAGCAACGUGAAACUCCCGGGAGAGAGCGGAGAGCCUUCGUCACCAUCAUGCCGGAGGUGGCAGCGGCCCCGGUCUUGGGGACCCCCGGCCGGUCAAUGGCAAGAAGAGCGGCGGGCGGCCUGUGGUGAGGCUGGUGGUGACCGAUCCCGAGCUGGGGGAGCGAGAGGCAGUUCCCUUAACACCUAUUGAUAUGAACCGAGUAAUGAAAUUGUUUGAAGAUCCAUUCUCUAGAGAUUUAGUAGAGAGGCAUGUCAGAGUUUUAAGGAAAGUCGCCAGAACAUAUUGUAAUGGUUUUUUCUUGAAAGAUCUUCCACAGAUAGUGAAAAUUUUAAACAUCUGUGCAGCAAGGGCAGGAGACCAUACAGAAUACAUAGAUCCCAUGUGUGAC